AUGUUUGCUAGUUUAAAAAAUAAAAUAGGCAAGGAAAUAGGCAAUGACGUUACUGCUGUUGUUCGACACGCUGGAUCUGUACGUGGUAUUAAUUCCAGACAUGUAUCACAGACGGGAUCAUCGAGUAGCGUGAGUGGAUCUCAGCUAUCCUUGGACGAAUCUCAGGAGAGCGCAGUGUCGCCGACAAUAAACAUAAAGCGAGAAAACAGUUUCGAGUUGAAGUUGAACGAUGGGACGGAGUUGUCGAGCAAAGACAUCAAGAGACUGGAGAGCAGAGAGGACGAAUGGAGGAAAAGAUUGGCGAAAAAAGAGCUCGAGUGCCAGAAGAAGCUGGACAAGAAAGAUGAGGAGUGGAAAAUUAGGAUGUUUGAGCGCGAGAAGGAGUGGAAGAAGAAUGUAGAGAAGCUGGAGAAAGACAAACAGAAGCUUGAGGACGGAAGACUGAAGGCGGAAAGUGCCAAGCAGUUGUUGGAGACCGCUUUGCGGGAUGCAGAAGAGUACAAAAAAAAGCUGUACAGCUUUCAAGAAGACGCGGAGCAGCUGGAGGGGUUCCAGACUCAAGAGAUGGCUAAAAUUAAACACUUGUUGCUGGCCAAGGAACAGGAGGUCGAAGAGAAGACACAUAAUUUGAAAGCCGCGCUCGCGGAAAUUGACAAUUUGAAAACCGAGUUAUCGAGAUUGAGACGCUAUGAACAGGAAUUAAAUGACAUUCAGGACAAAAUGGAGUCACUGCGACACACGACGCAGCGUGAAAAAUCUCAACUAACCGGCGAUCUGGAACACACGAAAGAGGAAGUGCGUCACUUACUGACAAAAGUAUCCGUUCUGGAACAAAGACUGGCCUUGGAGUCGAACGACCAGUCGACGGUCGACGACAGAAUCGCGGAUCUGAUGAGAGAGCGCACUCUCUUAGAGCGCAAGUUGGAGGAGACGCACUUGCAUUUGUCGGACAUUAAGACCAGCUGGUCGAGCACGAUUUCCAACCUAGAAACUCAAGUCGGCCGGCUCAGCAGGCAAGCCGGGGAAGAGGGCCUCGAGCGACGCCGCGUUGAGGAAGAAAACGAUAAAUUGAAGCUCAGGAUGAAGCAACUCGAGGAAAACAUAGAGGUGAACAAUGUUGUUAUGGCAACUAAAGACGCUAAAUUGUUACGCAUGGCUGAAAGCAUCGACGAGAUGGCCACGGAACUUAAAGAACUCCGGGCCAGCGUUGAUGAUGAGGUCGAAGAGUUUAAACGACAAAUAGAAUCAUCUUCCAAAGAAAUAGAGAGUCUCAAGGAGGAACUCGAAGAAGCGGCGAAAAAAUUGACGAACUCAGCAAGCGAAUUGACAGCUUUAAAAUCGUCUUAUGAAGCAGAGAAAGAAAACAACUCGACGCUCCACAUGCAGUUGGCCCGGCUGAGAGAGAGUUUGGAGGCCGAGAGGACCAACAGCGCGACGCUGAGAGUCAAUUUGGAAAAAGAACAGAGUGAGAAGGACUCAGCGUUGCUCAGAAACGCACAAAUGUCCCAGAAUUUUGAAAUAGCUAAGCAGGAACAGCGGACACAGGAAAUCGAGAACAUCGAGCUGCAAACAAGGCUCGAGAGUUUGGAAGAGUCGCUGAAAGCCGCGAACUCGCUAAAGGAUGUCGCGGUGAAAGAUUCUGAAGAAAUGAAGAACAGGAUAAUUCAGCUGGAGGCUAUGGAGCUAGAUAGGAAGCUCAGUCAAGAUACUGAGCAAAGUUUGAAGAAUAAUUUGGCUAAUUUGGAAGAUCAAAUUAAUGAUAAGAACAAGACGAUAAAAGUUCUUCAGCAGAGGUUAGCGGAUAUGAAGAAAACUUUACAACGCGAAUUACGAGUCCCUUCAUCGUCAUUCGAUAAUGAUGACUCCGCGGCCAUUCUCACUCCUAGCUCAUCCAAAACAGUCACUGCCAAACAUCCGAACUCUCAAGAGGAAGAUGUUAAUUUUAAAUAUCUAAAACAUGUCUUAAUUAAAUUUUUAACUAGCCGAGAAUACGAGGCGCUGCAUCUAACGAGGGCUGUUGCGACUCUACUUCACUUUUCACCCGAAGAAGAAAGACUUCUUCAAGAAACUCUCGAGUGGAAAAUGUCCUGGUUCGGUACCCGACCUAAUUUGGGGUUUGGACAGACCGCGAAAGCCAUUCCGCCUAGCUGA